AUGGAGAGGACCCUCACCAUCCUGCAAGUGAGCCUGUACCACUCCACACCAAGCCAGGUUGCCUUUGCCAAAGUCCCACUACAGCUGCAGCACGAUACCAGUCGGCUGUUGGUGGGACGAGGGAAGGACACCCACAUCCAACUGCAGCUGCCCCAGCUGUCUCGACACCAUCUGUCCUUGGAGCCCUACCUGGAGAAAGGCAGCACUCUGCUGGCCUUCUGCCUCAAGGUACUGUCCCGGAAGAGCUGUGUGUGGGUCAAUGGGCUGCCACUGAGGUACCUGGAGCAGGUGCCCCUCAGCGCUGUUAACAGAAUCUCCUUCUCCGGCAUCCAGAUGGUAGUCCGCAGAGAGGGGGGUGACUCCCUUGAUGCCUUUGUCUGCUACUUCCGGUUCAGCUCCUCACCCCUGAUUUACAGACCCCAGGCCCAGGAGACUGACGAAUGGGAAAACGUUCUAGAAGCUUCUCACGGCCCUGAGGAGUUAGAUCCGUGGAGGGAUGGCAAUGACUGCAGCAAGGCCGUGGUGAUGGCUCUGGAGCACUUGAGCAAGCUGGUGCCAGGAGAUCGGGAGCCGCAUGAGACCAAGGCAUCUCUCAAGCCAGUGACUCCUGCCAGCUCCGUCAUAAAACCCCACCCUUCAAACCCAUCCCGCUAG